CCUUGCAAGCGCACAGCCCUGCAUGAUGACGUCGACUUGAAUAACCAAUAGGGAGGCGCUGCCCUUUGGAGACAAACCAUUUUACUUGUAGCGUCUGCACCAAGUCUGCAAGCAAGGGCGCAAUUUUAACAGUAAAAAAUCUCCCACCUCUUCUAGCUGACUUUGGGUGAGAAUAUCACGAGGGGGGGAAAUUAAAGACGCGUAAUUCGGGAUAACACCGGAGAGGCUGACAGAGAACAUCCGCGGCAGGAGGAGAGAGAGGAAGCCGAUUUUUUUUGGUCUUGAGAGAGAGGAGGGUGAGUGCUCUCAAGGCAGGAAAAUUCGAUGAUGACCAUGACUACGAUGGCUGACGGUCUGGAGGCUCAGGACUCGUCCAAGUCUGCUUUCAUGGAGUUUGGGCAGCAGUCCCACUCGCAGCAGAGCUCGCCGUCGAUGGCCGGCGCCCACUACCCUCUGCACUGUCUCCACUCGGGAUCACACCACCACCAGCACGACAACAACACCACCGCCUACCCGGCCAGCAACACCUACAACAGGUCCCUAGCCUACCCUUAUGUGAGCCAUCCGCACCACAGCCCCUACCUGCCUUCUUACCACAACAACACGGGGGGACAGACAAGGUUAGACGGCGCAGAGCAGCAGAAAACGACAGUGAUUGAGAACGGGGAGAUUCGUUUUAACGGGAAAGGCAAGAAGAUCCGCAAACCCAGGACCAUUUAUUCCAGUUUGCAGCUUCAAGCCCUCAACCAUCGUUUCCAGCAAACCCAGUACCUCGCCUUACCAGAACGGGCCGAGCUGGCCGCCUCUUUAGGACUGACACAAACCCAGGUAAAGAUCUGGUUCCAGAACAAGAGGUCAAAGUUCAAGAAGCUGCUCAAGCAAGGCAGCAACCCGCAUGAGAACGACCCCAUCCCGGGCUCCAUGUCCCUUUCCCCGCGGUCACCGUCCAUCCCUCCAAUAUGGGACGUCUCGGCCUCAUCCAAAGGAGUAAACAUGGCGGCCAACAGCUACAUGCCGGGUUAUUCUCACUGGUAUUCCUCCCCGCACCAGGACUCCAUGCAGAGAUAGACUGGGACAAUUAUGGGGCCUACAAUUUGGGAGUGGAUGCUAGAAGGGAGAAAAGCAUCUCUCGGAUAAAUUCUGCACCCAUAAAAGGGAAGAAGCAACAUUUUUUUUUUUUAUUCAUCACCAAAUAUUGUCAGUGACAUUUGAGCCGAGUUUGGGCAAAGACUGAUGACAUGUGGAUUGUUGUUUUGUUUGUUUGUAAAUAAUCAGCCACUUCACUUGUACAUACUCUUUUUAUGUUCUGUCAGAUCAAAAGUGUGUGGUUUUAACAAAAAAAUAAAAUAAAAACAAUCAGGGCUCAUAUUGGGCCAACAUCGCA